AUGAGUACGGCCACGUCGAGCUUAGAGCCCCUCUUCACGCUCGUCGCUCAGUCCUAUGAGACGUUGGAGUCCAACUUCUUCAAAAUACCCGGCUCAGCGGUCAUCGCACGAUAUGUGAAGUCCUCCCACCGCGACGAUCCUGGCCGUACUCUCCUCGAGGUCAUCCUCAUCAUCUUCGCCAUCCGUACGCUACUCCAAUCCAGGACAAAGGCUGAAGCGUCGGGAAAACAUUUCAUCGAGUUCUCCGAAAAGGAAAUCAACGAGCUUGUAGAUGAAUGGUCCCCGGAAUCCCUCACUCAGCCCUUGGACGAGGCCGAACGCGCUGAGCUCGAUUCUGUUCCGGUCAUUGCUGGCCCGAAUGGACCGAAGCCCAAACUCGCGAAUGGGAAGACGGUGCUGAACCUGGCUAGCUACAACUUCACCGGUCUCGCAGGGAACCAGACGAUCAAGGAGCGUUGUGUUGAUAUCCUACGGAGAUACGGCUUGGGGAGCUGCAGCCCUCCUGGUUUCUACGGUUCACAGGACGUCCAGACUCAGCUUGAGCAGGACAUUGCGGACUUCCUGGGCACGGAGGCCGCCAUCUUGUACUCUCAGGCGUUCUCCACGAUCUCCUCCGUCAUUCCUGCCUUCUGCAAGCGUGGCGACAUUAUCGUGGCAGACCGCAGUGUGAAUUUCGCUAUUCAGAAGGGCUUGGAGAUCUCGCGGUGCACUGUGCGCUGGUAUGAUCACAACGACAUGGGGAGCCUGCAGCACGUACUGGAGAGCGUUGAGAAGGAGCGGAUCAAGAAGAACUGGCCCUUGACGCGGCGUUUCAUUGUUACGGAGGGCAUCUUCGACCACGAUGGAGUGAUGUCCGACCUCCCGAAGCUUAUUGAACUCAAGCACAAGUAUAAGUAUCGCUUGAUCCUCGAUGAGAGCGUCUCGUUCGGGAGCGUGGGUCGCACUGGGCGCGGUCUUACCGAGCUCUACAACGUCCCUGCCUCCCAAGUCGACAUGCUUGUUGGUUCAGUAGCCAACGGUCUUACUGCAACCGGAGGUUUCUGCGCCGGAUCAAACAUAGUAGUCAAACAUCAGCGCAUUAACGGGACAUCUUAUGUCUUCUCGGCGGCAAUGCCGCCCCUGAUGACCGUCGCUGCGUCAGAAGGGAUAAACAUACUACGCACCACACCUUCCAUCCUCACUACGCUCCAGGAGAACGUCCGGGCAGUGCGCGCCAUCUUAGACAAGGUGGACUGCAUCGUCAUCCCCUCGCACCCCGCCAGUGCUGUCAUUCACAUCAAUGUCCGCUCUCCUUCGCCCGCGCCCGCGCAGCUACUGUCGCCGACGCCAUUGCUAUCGCCGACGCCGUUGACCCCCACUAUGCCGGCCUCGCCGCUGUCCCCCACGUCGGCCAAGCUAUCCAACCCUACGUCUGUCCGCCCGCGGCACCCCCCGCACUUCGAUGCGGAGCUAGAGGAACGCCUCCUGCAGGACAUCGUGGAGGAUGUGCUUGCACAGGGCGUAUUGAUCACUCGCGCGAAGAGGCUGCGGGACCAAGAACUGAUCGAGGUUCGCCCGAGCAUCCGUCUCGCUAUCAGCUCUGCUCUGUCCAAGAAAGACUGCGAGAAGGCUGCGAACGCUAUCAAGGCCUCGUGCGUAAAGGUGUUGAGUAAACGUCGUUGA